UUGGUUUAUAUAGAAGUGGAUGUGAGUUAGUGCACGUCUCAGCCUCCAACGAAUCUUCUUGCCAUACAAUGAGAGCGCAGUAGUUGAGGUGGCGUUGCAGCAUAGUGCGCACAGUGGUCUUCUCCCGCUCCCCACUUCAAAGUCUUCUUGCCCUCGUUUCGACACUUCCCACCCAGGAAGCCAGCCAGCAUGCACUGUCAAGCCGAGGUGAGGCUCUCCUCUCCCGGCCAGCUGAAGGCUGCCAGGCGGCGCUACAAGACCUUCAUGAUCGACGAGAUCCUCUCCAAGGAGGCUUGUGAUUAUUUUGAGAAGUUUUCCCUCUGCUCCGUGUGCCCGUCGCUCAUCGUCCGACCGAAGCCUCUUCACUCUUGUUCCGGCUCCUCUUCACUACGUGCCUACCCACUCCUCUCGGUCAUCACACGGCAGCCUCCCAACCACCCAGGCCACCUCGGACACACACCUCCAUCCCCGGGCGGAGUGCCACCCCACCUGCCCCUGCUGUCGUCGCAGCACGGCCGAGGCUCCGAGCCGUCGCCCAGCCAAACGCCCCUCAGUAUCAGCAGUGACUCGGAGACAGAGCGCGGCACCCCCCGCCUGAAGAAACCCCGUCGCAGCCGCACCAUCUUCACGGAGCUGCAGCUAAUGGGGCUCGAGAAGAAGUUCCAGAAGCAGAAGUAUCUGUCCACACCUGACAGGUUAGACUUGGCACAGUCCCUUGGCCUCACACAGCUUCAGGUGAAGACAUGGUACCAAAACAGGCGCAUGAAGUGGAAGAAGAUGGUGCUCAAAGGAGGUCAGGAGGCACCUACCAAGCCUAAGGGCCGACCCAAGAAGAACUCAAUUCCCACUACUGAGGAAAUAGAAGCUGAGGAGCGGCGGCUGAAGCAGGAAGAAGAGGAGCAGCUGAGAAAGAUGGAGGGAAACGCCACGCCGGCUCACGCAGAAGAAACUGCGCCUCAGCUGGAUCCCGACGUACUAAGCUCCGUGCCGACGCCCACCCCACAACGUCAGAGUGCAGCAAGGGGGACGGAGGGCGCAGAGCAGGCGAUUCCUCUCCUAAUACCCUCAGAGACUCAUGCAGAGAGCUAAGCAACAAGAACACAACCAAAGACUGAUCCCCUGCCCCAAAGCCUGCAAACAAAUAGUGCCUCAUGAUCACUUUACACAUAGGUGGUUUGCUAUCAGAGGAGCUACAAAUAUUUUCAGGGGUGAAAAUAUAUAUAUAUUAACUAAACACUUUUGUUUUCACUCCCAUUUCAAGAAAGAUGUCAAAUUCCAUUUAUGAAAACAAAGGACAAACUUGAUCCAAUUCUUUCUCUUUUCACCCGGUCCCUCAGCGGUGACAUCUCAGAAAAGCCAAAGAAAAAGCAAAUCCUGUGGAACAAAGCCUUUGGAGGCGCACCGAACUGAUGUCUCAGAAGAUAUACUCAAGUGCGUCAUGAUUUUCUUGCGCAGAUAUACUGUAGUACUCGUUUACCAGUUUCAGCCUCACAACUUCAGAGGUUCCACUGUAUUUUCUGUUCUCCAAACAAGUUGGUGUAGUAAAAAACGGGUGCAAAGUCAAGGUAAGAAGCAUAUAGAAGCUUGAAGUACAGUGUCCUAAAAGGAGAAAGAUUCACUGGUUAGAAAGCGCACAGUUCAAGUCGAGGGAAUCUGCCACUGUCAACCUAAUAAUUUUGGUUUUGGAUUCAAAAAAAUUUGAAACUCAAAAUUUGGAGACUCAUGAUUUUUAUUGGACAGUGACAGUAUACUCCUUCAACUCGUGGAAAAUGAGAGUAAAAAACACAAGUGUACAAAUAAUGGCCGAGUGUAAAUACCAACUUGCAGUUCAUGUAGUUUUGAGGAAAAGUGCUGAGGAGGGCAGGCCGGAGACCGAAAUGAACCUAAAACGUAGCAACUGCAGUACAAUUUGUGAGUUAUGCAUUCGUUUGUUGUGCUCCUUUGAGGCUGCGUCUGCUCAGUCUACAUUGACGUUUGGGUGGAGAUCAGAAGGUACUGUACGUCAUGAGUGAAGGUGAUGUAAAAGGUAAAUCAAUUUCUUCACCAAUAAGAAAUUUAAUUUACACAAAGAAAAUGAUUGCAAUGGUAGUUUUGCUACAAAUGCAGUGUAUGUCCUAUCUCAAGUCGGCCAAUGAAGCCUUAGUCACAACACAGUGAUAUUUAUUACAGAAUUAAAUGAUUUCUCACUGAUAUUGAUCCGCCAAGCUGCCUCACAUGAUGCAUGUGCCAAAAUGUUAGCAUUUGCCUUACUGUGCUAUAUGUAGCAUUAUUUCACUGCCAAAAAAAUCAUAACAAAUAUUACAGUGCCUUGUUGGUUGCAGAGGGAAGCAAAUACAGUACAUUUUAAAGUUACUUUCAAACUUGUCAUUUGAGUUCUUCUAGGAAGCUUUAUACUUCAUAUUUGUUUAACAUUGUACCUGCAAAUACUGUAGAAAUGUGUAAAUUAUAAGAUAUAUGGUCCUUUUGAUAUCUGUAUGUAUACAACAUUAUUUUUAACUGCUGUUUGAAAUUUGGAUUAGUAAAAUAGUUUGUAUGUCUAAUGUUGCAGCUGUCCAGGAUCUUUUGCUUCUCUUGCGGUGUCAGGAUGGCUCCUCUUUCUGCCUCAAAAGCCAUUAGGAACUUUUAAGCUGUCAGAGAUUCUCCAAAGAAAUAAAUUACAGCCUCUUUGCCAAAGAUACACAGCAACAUUUAAAGUGUCAGACGUUUUCAGCCUGCAGGCUUUUGCUGUCUUUAACUGUCUGUGACUGACUUUGCCUCAAAAGCUUUUGUUCCGCCUUGCAAGCGUUUUUUGCAGCUUGAAUAUGAAUCCAACACAUGUAUUUGUAAUUGAUUCAUAUGAAAAAUGCAGUAUUUUUCUGAUGUAAAUAAUGCUUGUUUGCAGAGCUUGUUUGCCAUCUUUCAGGUUUGUGUGUUUAUAUAUUUAAAUGCACAUAUUGGUUACCAAUUCAAGUUCCCAUGUUAUUAUUAUUGCUGUUUUGCAUUUUCAUUGAUUGAAUUUUGUUUUUACAUUUGAACCUUCUCAUGAAACCUAUUAAAGUAACAGUAAGGAGUCA